ACAGCAACACAAUGCAGCUGAGCAGGCAAGCACAGCCCACAGCCAGAAGCGGUUCCUACUUUCCAGAACAAGGCGACCUUUAAGCUUAAGUUUCCCGGAGAAAAUGAGAUGCUGAUGUAGAAGACAACACUAUGGCUUUGAUGGAAUAUCAGAUAUUGAAAAUGUCUCCCAGCCUGUUCAUCCUUCUGUUUCUCACACCUGGUAUUUUAUGCAUUUGCCCUCUCCAAUGUAUAUGCACCGAGAGGCACAGGCAUGUGGACUGUUCAGGCAGAAACUUGACUACAUUACCAUCUGGACUGCAAGAGAAUAUUAUCCAUUUAAAUCUGUCUCAUAACCACUUUACUGAUCUGCAUAACCAGUUAACCCAGUACACCAAUCUGAGGACCCUGGACAUUUCAAACAACAGGCUUGAAAGCUUGCCUGCUCAGUUACCUCGGUCCCUCUGGAACAUGUCUGCUGCUAACAACAACAUUAAACUGCUUGAAAAAUCUGAUACUGCUUAUCAGUGGAACCUUAAAUAUCUGGAUGUUUCUAAGAAUAUGCUGGAAAAGGUUGUCCUCAUUAAAAAUACACUAAGAAGUCUUGAGGUUCUCAACCUCAGUAGUAACAAACUCUGGACAGUUCCAACCAACAUGCCCUCCAAACUACAUAUUGUGGACCUGUCUAACAAUUCCUUGACACAAAUCCUUCCAGGAACAUUAAUAAACCUGACAAAUCUCACACAUCUUUACCUGCACAACAAUAAGUUCACAUUCAUUCCAGAUCAAGCUUUUGACCAACUCUUCCAGUUGCAAGAGAUAACCCUUUACAAUAACAGGUGGUCAUGUGACCAUAAACAAAACAUUACUUACUUACUUAAGUGGAUGAUGGAAACAAAAGCCCAUGUAACAGGGACUCCCUGUUCUAGCCAAAUAUCACCUUUGAAGGAACAUAACAUAUACCCCACACCUUCUGGAUUUACCUCAAGCUUGUUCACUGUAAGUGGGAUGCAGACAGUGGACACCAUUAACUCUCUGAGUAUGGUAACUCAAUCCAAAGUGACCAAAAUACCUAAACAAUAUCGAACAAAGGAAACAACGUUUGGUGCCACUCUAAGCAAAGACACCACCUUUACUAGCACUGACAAGGCUUUUGUGCCCUAUCCAGAAGAUACAUCCACAGAAACGAUCAAUUCACAUGAAGCAGCAGCUGCAACUCUAACUAUUCACCUCCAAGAUGGAAUGGUUACAAACACAAGCCUCACUAGCUCAACAAAAUCAUCCCCAACACCCAUGACCCUAAGUAUUACUAGUGGCAUGCCAAAUAAUUUCUCUGAAAUGCCUCAACAAAGCACAACCCUUAACUUACGGAGGGAAGAGACAACCACAAAUGUAAAGACUCGCUUACCUUCUUCUGUGGCAAGUGCUUGGAAAGUAAAUGCUUCGUUUCUCUUAAUGCUCAAUGCUGUGGUCAUGCUGGCUGGCUAAGGGUCUGCAUUUUCUGAAAUUAAUGAAAGCACUCCUCCCUGAUGUAUAGUUGGGAAAAUAUGCCCCUAUCUAACCAGUGACUCAAGCUAUAUUAAGUAUUCAAGAAAGCCAGUCUUACAUUUCUGACUCUGAUGUAAAUGAAGCAACUCGUCUUAAAUAAAGAAGUGCACAAUGUCUUGGUACUUGCUGCUAUUUUACUGUCUUAAUGAAGUAAAACUAAUGAGUUUCUUUUUUUUAAAUGAAAUGUUUUCUUUUUAAGGCUUCAAUUUACUGCACAAAAUAUAAAGCAUCUCAACUUUAAUAUGUAUUUUAUGUAUGUUUACACUGUCAAACAUCUGGGA